AUGAUAUCCAUAAGCUUGUUUGCGUUUUGUUUAAUCUGUGGAAAUGCAAUCACAUAUACGGCUCAUGAAAAGUCGUAUGCCUGUUCGUCAGUGGCACUGACCAAGCUGCUGAGGGUCGAAGAUGAGCUAAUACGGAACCUUAAAAACUACGUGGCCAAGUUGAAGUUUAAGCAUCAUCUAGUGCACCAAGCAUUGAGCAGCAUGCGAGCGGGAGAAAGCCAAAUUAAAGCGGACUACGAGGCAUACCUGGGGAAUCCCCUGAACAGCUUAGGGCUUAUACAUCGCCUGCAUCGAGAUUGGGAGCAAUUGGUUCGUUACACAUCAGAAGUGCAGGAGAAUGAAAGAGAACACAUAAAGCAUGCACAUCGUAUGCGAAUGCUUCUGCCCAGUACCUUGGACAUGGAAGAGGCCUGUCGUGGCAUCGAUAACUUAGUGAGCUUCUACGAACUGCAGCCGGAAGACUUAGCCGCUGGCACUCUAGUCGCUGGAGACUCGCAGCCCGCCACCGCCUUAUCUCCACUGGACUGCCACGCCUUGGGAAAUUUUUGCAGAACUGAUCGGAAUGAUAGGAGGGCUGAGGCUUGGUUCAUCGCCUCAUUGAAAAGAUACAACGAGGAAAGACUUGAGUAUUCGGUCUUUGGGUUCAGCCGGCAAACAAUCCACAACUCCUGGGGCGUACUGCUCAUGAAGAGCCAGCAAGAAACUGCCGCCGUGGCACACAUAAGCAAUUAUAUUAAAGAACAAUAUAGUGCAAAAAUUACGUAUAAGCGGGGCUGCAAUGGCGUCUUCAGAGCUCCAUCCUAUCUGCACUGUCGCUACAACAGCACCACGACAGCCUUUGCGCGGAUUGCACCACUGAAGAUGGAGGAGCUGAGCCACGACCCGUACAUGGUGCUCUUCCACGAUGUAGUCUACGAGAGCGAAAUCGAUUUUCUGCUGAAUGCCACACAGCUGAAAGCAUCUCUAGUGGGUCAGUAUCAGUACUCCCCUGUUCGGACGUCAAAGGAACAGCAUUUCGUUGAAUAUAACGAUACAGCAGUGGUCAAGACUCUCCACCGUCGGCUAAACGACAUGACCGGCCUGGAUAUGAUUGAAAGCGAUACUCUAACUCUAAUCAACUAUGGCAUGGGCGGCCACUAUGACGUGCAUUACGAUAGCCACAACUACAGCGAGGCGAAUCGACUCAUCUUAGGCGACCGCAUAGCCACUGUCCUCUUUUAUGUGGGCGAAGUGGACUCUGGCGGUGCCACAACAUUUCCCUACAUCAAUGUGUCUGUCACGCCCAAGAAGGGAUCCGCUGUCUUAUGGUACAACUUGGACAAUUCUGGCCAAAUGAAUCCCAAAGCAAUACACGCCGGGUGCCCAGUUAUCGUUGGCUCCAAAUACGUGCUUACCAAAUGGAUCAACGAAAUACCGCAGUUGUUCCUCGCACCAUGCGUAAGGAACGACACAUUCAGACUAAAAUCUAGAUAGAAAUAAAGCGGAUUCAUUUAAUAUCA